ACUCGGGGUAUUAAUGUCUGGCAGGGGCAGUUGUUGCACACGGCCAGCAUUAUUGUGGUAGUAGCGAUAGGCAGGGGCAAUGGUGUAACCGAACACUUGUAAUGGGGCUGUAGAGACAGAAGGAGGCGCUAUUGGAACGGUAGUGACACACAGUUAUUACCGGGGCAGCAGCAGUUUCUGGGGGAUCAGCUCUGUGGCAGUAGUGACAGGCCCUGAGUGAUGGAGAAAGUGCGCUGCAAGGAGCAUGGGACUCUAUGUCUGCUGAAAACUGGCACUCGCGAUGGACCCAACAGAGGGAAGAGUUUCUAUGUCUGCACUAGUAAUCCCAGUGCCCCCUGCCUAUUCACCCAAUCUGCUGAACUCCCCGCCUCUCACUGCCUCUUACAUGAAGAUUUCCUGGUGGAGCUGCAGGCAAUUGUGAAACAAGAGUCUGGGCCUUACAGGUUGUACUAUCGCUGUGUGAAGAGUAAGAGUGAUGGGAAGAAGUGGUGCGGAUACAUCCCUUGGCAGCAGGAUCCAAAACAGAAGACUGUUCCGAACUGUAAGCUGCCCCAGCAUUCCAUGGAAAAGCCAGAGAGAAAUCCCUUUAAAGUCAUCAAUGAAGAUCCCAAAAUUGGUGUGUGGAAACGGCUCAAUGAGGAGCCAAAGGCCAAAGCAGAGAUCACUAAGAAGAGUGACCAGGACACAAAAGCCGGGGCCCAUGGUGAGAUUGUUCAUGAUAAUAGGAGACAAGGGAGCGAGAAGAUCACACAAGAGAGAAAAGCCUCUGGGGAGGAAAGGAGACAUGUUUUACAGGGUGGUCCCAACUCCAGGCAGAAGCUUUCUGCAGAUACGAACAAGCCUUCUGGGGAGGAGGAGAGCCAUUCUGCCAGUGAGGCGCAGCUUUCGAAGAGCAUCCGUCAUGCAACUGGAGAGCCAAAGAAGUGUGUGGAAGCCCAGAAGGAGGAGAGGAGUCUACAGCAGGGAUGGAGUGACAGGGAGUUACCAGGUGGAAUGAAAGUGAAAAAGUUUCAGCAAGAAUCUGCACCAGAGAGUGAUGGGAAGGCUGCAGAGACACCCCGGGAAUGUGAGUUAGUUAUCAGGAAAAGCAGCGCGUCAGUCUCAAGGGGACCGUUACUGGCAAAAGAAGGAAAAGCCUCCGAUUCUGGUAGGGUAAUGGCAGCUACUGAUCAGAGGGACAGUAAGACACAAACCACUGAUACAUCAAGGGAUUCUCGCACUGGCUCACAAGUCCGAACAGAAGGUGCACAGCUCACAGAGAAUCACACCACCAGUGCCCUGAUUCUGCAGCCAGAACUGAGUAAUGAUGCUCCGGUACCUGACAAUCAGGAGGAGGAUGGGGAUGAUGUUGUGUUUGUUUCUUCUCUCCCUGCAAAUGAGAAGGCUCCCUCUAUGAGAACAUCAGGCGUUGGCAAACAGAGAACCAUCACCUCCUUCCCAGGCUUCAGCCAACAGCAACAGAGCCAAAGCUCCGCUGCUCUGCACUCUCAGCUCUCUGCUCAGCUACAACAGAAAAAGGCCACCAUGGCUGCGGUGAAUCUCCAGGCACUGCCAGACCGAGGGGUGAGGCUCUUAAAGCAGGUGCAGGAUUUGGAAGAUGCACUGAGCUCUUUGUCCCUCUCCCCAGAGACCAGUGAGGAGAAAGAGAGCAGCCAAUCGGAAAUGAUUCCACCCAGAUCUGCCCCCGAAAACCCAUUUAGUAAACCAGGGCCGGUGGAAUUGGCCAGGGGAGUGAAACCGCUGUCCUUCCAUGAGCUCCCGCCUAUGUCCCUGGGUCUGAAAGGGUCAGCGCCAGUCCCAAGUCUUAGCCAGAACUUCAGCAGCUUAUAUAAAGUGAACCCGGAGUGGCAGACUCUAUAUGGGGGGCGAAUGACUGAGGAACGUUUGUUUGCUGUAAGGAACGCCACUAGCGAGGCCAUUGAGCAUUUGCACAAGAGCCUGGAGUCCUGUCCCAGCCCUGAAAACACGGUAGAGGAUCCCGCAGGACUGAAGGUACCACUGUUACUGCACCAGAAACAGGCCCUGGCUUGGCUGCGCUGGAGAGAAAACCAGACACCGAGGGGAGGAAUUUUGGCCGAUGACAUGGGACUGGGUAAGACGCUAACAAUGGUGGCCCUCAUACUGAUGCAGAAGCAGCGGCAGAACCGGGAGCAAGAGAAAAAGCUGGAGGAGUGGAUCUCUAAAACAGACUCCACCCUCGUGGUCACUCGUGGGACUCUCAUUGUGUGCCCAGCUUCUCUUGUCCAUCACUGGAAGAAGGAAGUGGAGAAGCGCGUGGCAGGGAGCAGACUGAAAGUUUAUCUAUAUCACGGCCCCAGCCGGGAAAGAGACUGCAGUGUGCUGGCUGACUACGACAUUGUGGUGACUACAUACAGCCUGGUGUCCAAAGAGAUCCCUGUGAAGAAGGAGGAAGGGGAUGCCCCAGCUAAGGACCAGGACCUGGAGGAUAAGGCGUCAAGCUCCUCCCCACUGCUGCGGAUGGCAUGGGCUCGCAUCAUUCUGGACGAGGCUCACAACAUAAAAAAUCCCAAAGUGCAGACCUCCAUUGCUGUGUGCAAGCUGAGAGCCGGGGCCCGCUGGGCUGUGACUGGGACCCCCAUUCAGAACAAUCUGCUGGACAUGUAUUCCCUGCUACGGUUCCUGCGCUGCUCUCCAUUUGACGAGUUCAAAUUAUGGAAGAAUCAGGUGGAUAACGGCAGCAGGAAAGGAGGAGAGCGGCUCAACAUCCUGACCAAGAGUUUGCUGCUCAGGAGAACCAAGGAUCAGAUGGACCACUUGGGACGACCACUGGUGCUGCUGCCCCAGAGACGCAGUGAGUUGCACAAACUAACCCUCAGUGACAAAGAGAAGGCCGUGUACGACGUCAUAUUCGCCAGAUCCAGAUCCACACUGCAGAACUAUUUAAAGAGACAUGAGGGGGGCACCCACAUACGAACCCAAAAUACAGACAACCCUUUUGAGAGAGUUGCCAAUGAGUUUGGCUCCAGCCAGUCAGAGGUCUCCGCCCUGCCAGCUUCCCAGGGGUCCAGCACGGUGCAUAUUCUGUCCCUGCUUCUGCGCCUCCGCCAGUGCUGUGGUCACCUGUCCCUGCUCAAGGUGGUGCUGGAGCAGCUGGAGCUGAAGAGUGAGGGGCUGAGUUUGACUUUGGAGGAGCAGCUGAGUGCCCUUUCUCUGACUGAGUGCCAGGGCCCCGACCCCAAAUCCACUGUCUCACUCAAUGGCACCAACUUCCCCUCUGAGCUGUUUGACACUGAGAGCCAAAGCACCAAGAUUUCCUCCCUCGUGUCAGAGCUCCAGACCAUAAGGAGCAGCUCCCAGGCACAAAAGAGUGUCAUUGUGUCCCAGUGGACCAGCAUGCUGAAGAUUGUGGCUGUUCACUUGAAGCUGAUUGGCCUUUCCUGCGCCACCAUUGAUGGGUCAGUGAAUCCCAAGCAGCGAAUGGACAUGGUGGAAGAUUUCAACAACAACCCCAAGGGGCCCCAGGUGAUGCUGGUUUCCCUGUGUGCUGGGGGCGUUGGACUCAAUCUGGUUGGUGGGAAUCACCUGUUCCUAAUGGACAUGCACUGGAACCCGGCGCUGGAGGACCAGGCCUGUGACCGGAUCUAUCGCGUCGGGCAGCAGAAAGAUGUGGUUAUUCACAGGUUUGUUUGUUUGGGGACAGUAGAGGAGAAAAUCUCGCAGCUUCAAGAGAAGAAGAAGGAUUUGGCCAAAAAGGUUCUGUCUGGGAACAGCGCCACUUUCACCAAGCUCACCCUCGCAGAUCUGCGCCUACUGUUUGGGGUAUAAUCGUGGGCUUCUGGAUAUCUGAUCCUCCUAUCUUUUGCCCUGAGAAUAUCUGUGGUGAGACCUACACUACCCCCGAGUGGCUCUAAUAAUAUAAUAAAUGUAUUUAAUUUCC